UUGUUUGGCAUAUGCGUAUAGGCACGAGGAAAGCUAGCAGUCCGUUGUUUUUGAUUUGCGGUGGCUGUCGUGUUUCACUUGCAGCUUCCUACGACCACGAGCCCUUCAUUUCCUAACAGAAUUUUCAAUUCUCUCUCCGAAUCAUACAAUUCUCAGCAAUUCCCAUUUUCAACCAUUCUUCUGUAAAUUUAACAAACACUUCUCCGUAACCUACAUUGAUCCCUUGCAUUCCCACGAUGGACUUAUGCAUACAGGCUGAAAAGUUUUGAAAUAGUCGAUUUGAAGUAACUUAGAAUGCCUCAAGCUAGCACGGAUGAUAAAAAGGCUGCAUUGGAUGCAGCUGCAUGGAUGUUCAACGUUGUCACUUCUGUUGGCAUUAUUAUUGUCAACAAAGCCUUAAUGGCCACUUAUGACUUCAGUUAUGCUACAACACUAACUGGUUUGCAUUUUGCUACCACAACCUUGUUGGCUUUUGUUCUAAGGUGGCUGGGAGUCAUCCAAGCCACUCAUCUACCUUUCCUGGAGCUUUUGAAAUUUGUCUUGUUUGGAAACUUCUCGAUUGUUGGAAUGAAUGUUAGUCUAAUGUGGAACUCAGUGGGAUUUUAUCAGGUAACAUUUUUGUUAUGCUGGGUUAGGCUGCUUUUUUUUUAUUUGGCAAUAAAUCUAUUACAUUGCUGUUCCACUAACUGUCAGAUUGCAAAGCUGAGUAUGAUUCCUGUGUCAUGCCUUUUGGAAGUGUUGUUUGACAAGAUUCGUUACUCCCGAGACACAAAGUUGAGCAUAGCAGUUGUUCUCUUGGGUGUUGGUGUUUGCACUAUCACCGACAUAAGUGUGAAUACCAAGGGUUUCAUUGCUGCUUUCAUUGCAGUCUGGAGCACUUCUCUGCAACAGUAUUAUAUACAUUACCUUCAAAGGAAGUAUUCACUUAGCUCCUUUAACCUACUUGGUCAUACUGCUCCAGCCCAGGCUGCAACAUUGCUGUUAGUAGGCCCUUUUUUGGAUUACUGGUUGACAAACAGAAGAGUAGACACUUAUGACUAUAACAUAGUCUCUGUGAUGUUCAUCAUUCUAUCAUGCACCAUUGCAGUUGGAACCAACCUCAGCCAGUUCAUUUGCAUCGGCAGAUUCACAGCCGUGUCAUUUCAAGUACUUGGGCAUAUGAAGACAAUCUUUGUGUUGAUAAUGGGAUUCUUCUUCUUUGGGAAAGAGGGCCUCAAUCUUCAGGUGGUUAUGGGCAUGGUGAUAGCGGUGGUCGGAAUGAUCUGGUACGGCAAUGCCUCAACUAAGCCAGGAGGAAAAGAGGAUUGGAACCUUUCACCACCAACAAGCAGGCAAGAAAAACCCAGUAGUUUAUCAGAAUCAAGUGAACAUGACCAGGAGGUCUAAGCUUCGUGUUGGAUAAGUUACAGAAUACAAGGGUAGCUAAUUCCAGGAACUCAUUUAUCAUUUUGAGUGAAUAGAAAAUUCAUGGUUUGAUGGUAAUUAAUUUUUCUUCUUUAUUCCAUUAUUUCUCCUUUUUCUUUUUCCUAAAUCCUAUCAAAGGAAAGGAGAUUUUGCUUAGAAUUAGUGUUUUUUUUUUAAAGAAAUACAUAAUAUGAUAAUUAUUUCUUUUUC